UGCGCUAGCGCACGGAAGUAUCGGAGCUUCAGGAUCGAGCCUUAAUCUCAUUCUAAUAAAAAGCUCACGCAUAAAUUGACGCGCUGUCAUUAAUGUUGAAUUUAAACAGUUUUUUUAUUGCGCGCCGAGGCAUCGCGCUGUGAGGUUGUAUAGGUGUUGAAUAUGUGUGACACGUGCGGUUUAUUGUUAUUUUUAUGGCCGACUUAUUAUGACUUUAUUUUGUGAUGUGCGGUGUAAAGGGUUGUUUUUCUUAUUGACUUAUCAUUAGAACUUGGCCGGUCGAACUGUGUGGUCGUGUUUGUUUUGUUUUACGAUGGAUUUUUAUCAGGAGUGUUAAGUGAUUUAUUUUUAGUUUUUUUAUUUGCUGAUAUUUUGAGUUAUCAUCAAGAUGUUUCUAAGGUUCGAACCCACAAAAUCCACCAAAGGUGCAAGCAAGAUGCGCCGGGACCUCAUUAACGCGGAGAUCUCGAACCUCCGGGACCUCCUGCCCCUCCCCCCUUCCACCAGGCAGAGGCUGUCGCAGCUGCAACUCAUGGCUCUGGUCUGCGUGUACGUUAGGAAGAUGAAUUACUUCCAGCAAGUGUUCAAAAGUCACGACUUCAGCUAUCAGUAUCAAGAACAACCAACACCCACUCCCAAUAUUGGAUUUUCAAAGGCAAUGAACGGGUUUAUGAUGAUGAUGACACAGAAUGGAAAACUAUUGUACAUAUCGGAAAAUGCGGCUGAAUAUUUAGGACACUCCAUGGAAGACCUCCUAAUCCACGGGGACAGUGUGUACGACAUCAUCGACCGCCAAGACCACCAGACGGUGCAGAUGGAGCUCAACAGAGCUGACAACACCGAGACUGACAACGAACCAAAGAAUAGACAUUUUUUCUGUAGGAUGAACGUCUCUAGGAACGCCAGGAGACAGAUGCGAUUUGGGGACCAGAAAGUGGUGCUAGUCCGAGGGCACUACGUGUCAUACCUGCCGCUGUGCAGCCGCAACGAGCCGGUGUUCCUGGCCGCGUGCACGCCGCUCGCCAUGCCCGAGACGCGCGAGUGCGUCGUGCACGGCGCCACCAACGUCUUCACCACCGUGCACGCCGUCGACAUGAAGAUCCUGCACAUCGACGCCAAUGGCGAGUGGUACUUAGGCUGGAAGAAGUCAGAACUGACGGACGUGUCGUGGUACCAGCUGGUCCAUUGGGACAGCCUUCGGGAGGCGCAGAGCAAACAUAGAUUAAUAACCCAAUCAGAGCAGGACAAAUGCUGUAUCCUGCUGAUCAAGCUGCAGCAGCGGUCGGGGCAGUUCCUGUGGGUCCACGUGGUACUCCAAGUCAAGGACGCUGCGGACUCUCCUAGACAGUUCAUCAUAGCUACUAAUCAGAUAUUAAGUGAAGAAGAAGCGUCAAUAAUGAUGGCAAACUCCUGGCUGUACCAGUACUACGGCUACCAGAACCAGCCCUGUAGCAUGUUGGAUCCUCGCUGCCAGAAGUUCUUCAGGAGGGACCAAUGCUACCAGGAACAGUAUCCGGAGACCUACCAGUAUAUGGAGAACCAGGAGGUGGAAUAUCCAGGUUACCACGUUUCUUCCUACGUACAACAGAAGCCAGUAGAAGACUACAACGGCUGUGAAAGGGUGUACUCCGAUAGAGGGCCAGUGGACUACUCCACGCACUCCCCGCAGUCCACCAUUAGUGAAGAGAGAUCACCCCACCACUACGACCCGCCACCAGAGAUCAUAGUGAACAGUAGCAUGUACAUGUACCCGCACCACGGCAAAAGGGAGUACUACGAGCAGUACCCGCGAGUGCCGUACAUGACUGAACCCUGCUCCACAGCUGUUUCUGAUGGUAUGGACUACCCUAGCGCGAAACGCAUGCGAUUAGCUCCCACAACUUUGGAGGAGACCGAUGGCAUGGACCGGUGGAACCCCAGCCCACCCUGGUCGGACACCACCCUGAAGGUUCCCGACUACAACCAGCGAUUCACCUACAUGAUGCCCAUGCCGCCUGCUGAGAGAGCAAUGGUCACCUAACGUCACUUAAAAUGUGUUAUUUUAACACAUUGACAGCCCAUGUACUACAUAUAGUACAUGCCCUAUUGUUAUGCUAUUGAGUCUCGUCUAGACAGCGAAUGUGUUAAAAAUACUUGUGUGUUCUUGAAGUGAGAUCAGGGUAAAGUUCAUUGUGGAAAUUCCAUGAUGAAUUACUUUUAGAAACAUUGUUCUUUUACAAUUACUGAGGUACGUUUCCGUUUUCAUGGGUAUUACCUAUUUGAUUCCAUGAAAAUAAUAUCACAUUAUCUUAGUAUAAGAAGGGAUAUUUCUCAUCAUCCAAGUCAGGGUAGCUGUUCAAUUAUUCUAUUAUAAUAAAUUAUUUUGUUAUGCAACAGAAUGAAGGUUUUCAUUCAUGAUCAUGAUCACGCAUGUAUAUUUUAUGAAGGUAUUUAAUUGUAUGUUUAAUAGUUACCUCUUUUUCAUAUUGUUUUCAUUUUCUAUCUCAAUUUGUGCAAUACAAACUAUA